CAGCUCCCAUAUAUUUCUAUCUACAAUCACUCCCAGAUACUGCAAUCGCGUGGACCCAACCUCGAUAGCAGUCCCCCAAAUGCGGGUCAAACUAGAACCAGAACGGCAGUUGACCACACAACUUCCUUCUUCAGCAAAGCUACUAACUAACUAGUUCGUCAACUUAUAUCGCUGAUUCACCUCUACAAAUAUCUACUCCAAUCCCUCCACCCCCUCCUCCUUCUUUAAUUUCCUCAGUACUACACUCUCAACAAUGGAAUCAGAUCCCGGAUUCAUCGCCGCCCUCGAAGAGGCCAAAAAGGGCUAUGCGGAGGGCGGGGUUCCUAUCGGCGCGGCCUUGGUAGCAAAGGACGGCACAAUUCUCGGCCGUGGUCAUAAUAUGCGUGUUCAGAAGGGUAGCGCAACGCUGCAUGCCGAAAUGUCUGCUCUAGAGAACUCGGGUCGUCUGCCUGCCUCGGCUUACGAAGGCGCUACCAUGUAUACCACCCUGUCGCCUUGUGAUAUGUGCACAGGGGCUUGCAUCCUCUACAAAGUGAAGCGGGUGGUUGUUGGCGAGAACAAGAACUUCAUGGGUGGGGAAGAGUAUUUGCUGAACCGGGGUAAGGAAGUCGUGGUUUUGGAUAACAAGGAAUGCAAGGAAUUGAUGGAGAAGUUUAUCAAGGAGAAGCCGGAGCUCUGGAAUGAGGAUAUCGCUGUCUAAUGCUCGAAUAUAUCAUCAUAACCAUGCCCGGCUCAGAGGUUGUGAUAUACAUGUACAUAGUUCCAAUUCAGAUAAAUACCAAAUAUAGCCGAUUCUAAGCUGUCAGAC